CUGAUAAUAUCUAUAAAAUAGUGUUUCAUUGAAGUGAAACUAUGAGUUGCACUGAAUUUUAUAGUAUAUACGUUAUUAAUGAUAAUUUACCAAAUGUUUAAAGUUAGCUACUAGCUAAACAGUUUGCAGUUUUGCAAGCAUUUCUGUAGGUAGAAGAUAUAAACAAUAGACAGCAGUAUUCCAAGAAAGAAAAUAUUUGCUUGAAAUUAGUAAUUUUUUAAAGAAGAAUUAGAAAAGAAUAUAGUUAGUUAAAAUUUAAUUCCAGUUCCUCUUAUAUCUUACACACGUUACACCCAAAAUCUCUUUAAUUUUUAUUAACAGCCAUUUUACCCGUUGUUAGUCCUGCUUUUUUUACUUUCACAAAAGUGUACACAUACUCAUUGUUCUCAACAUGAAAUCGAACCAACUACCUCAUACACAAAAAAUGGUCUAUAUUUAGAAUUCGGCGAUUCAGCUUUGUUGCCGUAGUGAUGAUUGACAUUUGGCUUAAUUGACGAGUCGCAUUUGUGCUACAUCCACUAUUUUUAAAUUUUCGCUGGGUGAAAACAAACCUAGUUCGUAGGGAGAAGAAUGGUAAAAAAUGUGAAAGUGGAAGAAUAAUUAGCUAACGAAAGAUAAUCACAAUAAAAAUCUGUCUGGAAAUGAUACUUAGCUAUCUGGAUUUUGCUCCAAAAAAUUAUCUUAGCUCAAACUUUCUAACAUUGUUCUUAAAACUCCAAAAUCUGCCUAGCUCUGCACUCUCUUUACCUAAAAUACGGAAACUUUUUACCUCCAAAGAAAUUGUUAUGACGUAAAACCGAAUCACCGAAUAGGACUGCUAAGUAUUUUUAGCUAAUAGCAAAAAAUCGAAAAAAAAUGUUUAUUACACUAUCUUGAAAAGGAAAGCUAUUGAAAGAGUGCUCAAUACGAAAACUGUAAAGCUAAUAAUCAUUCUUUUAUUUAUAAAAUAAAACUUAAAAUAUGUACAUAAGUCUCAUGAGUACAUGAGUUUCACGCUAAGCGAUCAUCAUCAUAUCACAUUACUAAAGAACAUCCUGAGCUUUCUAAUGAUAUAAAAUCUGUAAAAUUCUUACCCCAAUUAGGAAAAAUAUUUUCUCCCAACAAACUCACUAACUAGCUUUUAUGUGAGCGACUGUGAAAUCAGCAUAAAAUUUUUUUGGAAAAAAAAAUUGAAGUAGUUUUAAGCAUCUCCAAUCAGGCAACAGCUAGCUUAGCUUAUCAAUAGUCAACCUAAAUUAGUGUGCUAAGAAAAUUUGACAAUAAACCCCACCCAUUCGUAAUAUUGAAUUGCAAAAUAUGCGUUUUGUGGUGAGUGACUUUUGGGGUAUCAAUUAAAUAAAUCUAGAAUUGAUUUAUACUUAAAGGGAACCCAAGUUUGAUGUUAUACUAUUAUAGAGAUUAAAAAGUUGGUUAACCAGUCUUUUUUAUUUUUUAAAAAGCUCUUUUCCUUCCCAAGAUUUCACAUUAAAAGAAUUUCUUAUAUAGAAUCUGUUAUAAAAGCCAUACUCUAAGACAUAGUAUCCUUAAUAAGUACUAGAAAGCUAGUAAUCAUAAAUAUAUAAAUCAAUGGCCUGACUAUUUAUUUAUGAUUAGGUUUCUGAUAAAUUUCCUUGAUAUAUAUUAUUUAUAGUGGCUACUCAGCACCUUAAUUGCUAUGGUUCUGAAGCAACAACACAGAAGCAAACAACAACAAUGACAGAUAUUAUUAAAACCAUGUCAGAAUACAAGCAAGUCAAAAUUGGUAAGUUGAAGUUAAAAGGAAGCACUGUGUCAAAACCGAAAAAAAAUAAAAAGAAGCGAAAAAAUGAAGAACCUGUGUCAGACAUCCCUGCUGAUGACGAUGCUAAAGAUCAUGGUGGAUGGUGGUCAAUCCAAACAUUUGAACAUAUAACAGGCUGCACCGUGGCUUUACAAAUGUACAAUAGUGCGUAUAUAUUUGCAGUUGAUAAUGGUACGUUGCAACUCGGUGUAAAACAUGGUGAUACUGAUAACGGGCCGGAGCAAGAAGAAAUGUUUUCCAUGAUACGCAUAACUGAUAAUAAAAUAGCAUUGAAAUCAGGCUAUGGUAAAUACGUAUCAGUGAAUGCACGUGGGGAGAUACUGGCACGUUCUGAAGCUGUUGGUCCGCAAGAACAGUUGGAAGUGGUGAUCCAAGACAAGAAAGUAGCUCUGCAAGGACACAAUGGAUAUUUUGUCACAGUUACUGAUGAUAACGAAUUGAAAUCGAUCUGUCGGACAGCAAAAGAACGCGAAAUCAUAUGUUUGCGAACUAAUAUGUCCAGAAGUAAAAAGAAGAAGGCAAGCGAUGAAGAAGAAGUCGGAGAUGUGAGGCAGUUUGAAAUCAAUUAUGUCAAGCAAUUUCAAAGCUUUGGUGACCAUAGAUUGAAGCUGCAUGACGGCCCAACUUCAAAUUUAGAGAAAGCAAAAAGCGCGGGUAAAUUACAUGAAGCCAUGCUGGAUAGACGAGAAAAAAUGAAAGCAGAUAGAUACUGUAAAUAGCGCUUGGUGAUGUUUCACAAGAAAUUAUCAAAUUCAGCAUGGAAUCCCUUUUAUUGGAAUCAGCUUCGCCGAGAAGUGAUUUCAUGUGGUGGCGUUGAGAAAAAUUACCGUCGUCAUAUUAGGGCUUUUUUUGAGCAGGAAAAGGAAAUCAUUCCCGAGGGUUCAGCUCAACAGAGCGACCCUUUAUACGAAGAGUCUGUACAGCCGUCGUAGAGACAAUUAUUUCUUUUAUACAGUGUGAAACGUAAAAUUAUGUUCAACUGAAAAAUCAUUAAAUUUUGGAAAAAUUAUCACUUUCCUGCAA